ACGGGAGGGAGACGGAUGAGGCUCUGGACCCGGCCGUUCGUUUCGGCGCUUGGGAAUUGCUUGAAACAAAUUUUGAGCUUUAAUGUUUUGAAACCUGAAGACUGGCCACCACUACGGAGUAUGGUUGCAACCGUAUCUCAACACAUUAUAGGCAUGUGGUGCAGAGCUCUAGUCAGAUAUUUGAAGCUUCUUUUUUGUUGUAAUUUUUGUGUGGUUUGUGUAGAUUGUAUCUAAGUGGAAUGGUGCGGCGGAUAUUGAAACUGAGGAGAAUCUACGUAUGGGUAGAAGCCGGCCCGAGCGAGCUGGGUGCGACGACUCCGACGAGCGGCGGAGGCAAUGGGGCCGCCGCCGACACCCCGAUUGAGAUGGGAGAUGGAUCCACUUUCCCGGGCCCGCAGCCGGCCGGCUCUCAAUGCGCAAAAGCACUACGGGAGCCAAAAGAAAAAGAAGAAAAAGAUUACGAAAACGGAAAUUACUGGAACGCCCCCGUAGGUAGACGUGCAGAUUCGUUACGUACAAAACGAACAGCACACAAACCACAGAAUACGCACGAGAGAACUCAUGUUGUUGAGUUUAAUCGGGGAAAGCGUGUUGGAGAGGGGUGACGACGAACAUGAGUUCACCUGGCAACACGUCACCGUGUAGUGUCUGGUGACAACGUCAAUCCGCAUAACGCACCACGCGUAUACGCAGGUACAACUCAAUCUUGCAUGGCGCUGUUCG